UUGGUAAACGAAAAAAAGUUCUAUCUUCCUCCAGCUCACGUUCGCGACCACCGCCCAAUCCACCCAAACUCCCAACAGUACGGCUUCUCCUCGACCCAUCGCACUUUCUAUUCUCAUCCAGCUCACCAGUUCUUCAGGUCGCAACAAUGGACGCCUCCAAGCAGCCCGUCAAGCUCGUCAAGGUCACCCGAGUUCUCGGCCGAACCGGUUCUCGUGGUGGUGUCACCCAGGUCCGCGUCGAGUUCAUGGACGACCAGACCCGAUCGAUCAUCCGAAACGUCAAGGGCCCAGUCCGUGAGGACGACAUCCUCUGCCUUCUCGAAUCCGAGCGUGAGGCCCGAAGACUACGAUAAAUGUGCAUUCUGGGGGAGCAUAGGGUUCUCGAGAAAGACGGUCAACGACGGAUGGUCUAUGCAUGCUAAUGCUAUGGCGUGCGCGCCUUGUAUUGGGACUGGGACAUUGACCUGGAGCUGCACAUGACACUCCAGUUUCAUUUGUUAGAGGAGUCACACGGACGGAUCUGGUCUGGCAAAACGAAAAAAUUCCAGAACAGUUGUUCUUCUACAUUAUUGGAAUCCGAAGAAAAGUGAAAUUCAUUUCUUGUUUUCUC